CAGAUUGUGUCAGAAGCAGGAUCUGAAGUGGAGCUUCCAGUAUCCCCAGGAGCACUGAGUAAACACGGAAGGUACCUACAGGAUACACUUGUGUCCAUUGAUCUCUCAGAGCUGCUGAGAAUCAAAGAGUUUUUUCUUGGAGGGCUCAAGGACUGAAGCAUCCCACAAAAUGAUUCUACUGGAUAAUUCCGAGCAGCUGCUGGCCCUAUUCGAAUCUUUAGCAAGGAGCAUUCCUGAGUCCCUGAAGGUGUACGGCUCUGUGUAUCACAUCAAUCACGGGAACCCUUUCAACAUGGAGGUGCUGGUGGACUCCUGGCCUGAGUAUCAGAUGGUUAUUACCCGGCCUCAAAAACAGGAGAUGACUGAUGACAUGGAUUCAUACACAAAUGUAUAUCGUAUAUUCUCCAAAGACCCUCAAAAAUCACAAGAAGUUUUGAAAAAUUGUGAGAUCAUCAACUGGAAACAGAGACUCCAAAUCCAAGGUCUUCAAGAAAGUUUAGGUGAGGGGAUAAGAGCAGCUGCAUUUUCAAAGUCAGUGAAGGUAGAGCAUUCGACAGCAGUCCUCUUGGUUACGGAAGAUAUUCUGAAGCUCAAUGCCUCCAAUGAAAGCAAGUUUCGAAGCUGGGCUGAGACAGGCCACCCAGAUGAUGACUUUGAAAGGGAAAUUCCCAACUUUAAGUAUGGCCAACUGGAUGUGUCUUAUUCCGGGUUGGUAAAUGACAACUGGGAGCGAGGGAAGAAUGAGAGGAGCCUGCGCUACAUCAAGCGCUGUAUAGGAGCCCUGCCAGCAGCCUGUAUGCUGGGACCAGAGGGGGCCCCAGUCGCAUGGAUAACCAUGGACCCUUCUUGUGAAGUAGGAAUGGCCUACAGCGUGGAAAAAUACCGAAAGACAGGCAAAAUGGCACAGGUGAUGGUGCGAUACAAGAAGUAUCUGCUUCAGAAGAAUAUUCCAUUUUACAUCUCUGUGCUGGAAGAAAAUGAACGCUCCCGCAGCUCUGUGAAGGCGGCGGGUUUCUUUGAGGCCUCCUGUGAGUGGCACCAAUGGACCUGCUACCCACAGAAUCUAGCUCCAUUUUAG